AGAAAGAGGGAGAACGAGAUAAUAAGCGACACAUACAGUAGGAUAUGUCAGUCAAGUGUUCUUGCCUAAUAGAGUUGGCUUAAUCUUUUAUGUACAGCACACAACCCAUAGUGUAAAUUAGGAGCUUAUCAAAAAUUACAAACAUAUGUUUAGAGAUGUAAACAAAUUUCUGGGAAGUGAUCAGCGAGGAACACGGGAUCAACAAGACGGGCAUCUAUGAGGGCGACAGCAGAGUCCAAUUGGACAGAGUCAAUGUCUACUUCAAUGAAGCACACGGUGGUAAAUAUGUGCCUCGGUCACUGCUGGUUGACCUGGAACCUGGAACCAUGGACAGCAUCAGAGGCAGUCUCAUCGGUGCUCUUUUUAGGCCGGACAACUUUAUUCAUGGCAACUCAGGUGCUGGCAAUAACUGGGCGAAGGGCCACUACACAGAGGGGGCGGAGCUGAUAGAACAGGUGAUGGACCGGGUGAGGAACGAGAGUGAGAGCUGUGACUGCCUGCAGGGCUUCCAGCUGGUUCACUCCCUGGGCGGGGGCACAGGCUCCGGGAUGGGAACCCUCAUGAUCAACAAGAUCCGAGAGGAGUACCCUGACCGCAUCAUGACCAGCUUCAGCGUCAUGCCCUCGCCGAAGGUCUCCGACACAGUGGUGGAGCCCUACAAUGCCACCCUGUCGGUGCACCAACUCCUGGAAAGCACGGACGAGACCUUCUGCAUUGACAAUGAGGCGCUGUAUGACAUCUGCUUCCGCACGCUCAAACUCACCACGCCCACAUACGGGGACCUCAACCACUUGGUAUCCAUGACCAUGAGCGGGGUCACCACCUCCCUGAGAUUCCCGGGGCAGCUGAACGCCGACCUGAGGAAGCUGGCGGUCAACAUGGUGCCUUUCCCCCGCCUCCACUUCUUCAUCCCAGGUUUCGCCCCGCUGACGGCGCGCGGUAGUCAGCAGUACCGUGCCCUUACCGUACCCGAGCUCACCCAGCAGAUGUUCGACGCCCGUAACAUGAUGACAGCCUGCGACCCCAGACGGGGCCGCUACCUCACCGUCGCCGGCGUCUUCCGCGGCAGGAUGUCCACAAAGCAGGUUGAUGAACAAAUGCUGGCCGUCCAGCAGAAGAACAGCAACCACUUUGUGGAUUGGAUCCCGCACAAUGUCAAGGUUGCCGUGUGUGACGUCCCACCUCGAGGCCUCAAAAUGGCCUCCACAUUCAUCGGCAACAACACAGCCAUUCAGGAGAUAUUCCGCCGAGUGGGCGAUCAGUUUGCGCUGAUGUUCAGGCGCAAGGCCUUUCUCCACUGGUACACGGGUGAGGGCAUGGACGAGAUGGAGUUCACAGAGGCCGAGGGCAACCUCAAUGACUUAGUGUCCGAGUACCAGCAGUACCAAGACGCCACCGCCGACACGGAGUCCGAACUGGAGGACGAAGACGAGCAGGAGUCGCCCGUGAUGUUUACAGCCACAAGUGUCCAGCCUCGAAUGGAAGCUACGAUGGAAACAGUGACAGAAAUGAGUAGAGAACCUGUGGAUGAGGAUAGACCUUGAAAUGUCUGGCAUAUUUGCCUCACAGUUCUGAGGACCCGGGUUCAAAUCCGGCCUCGCCUGCGUGGAGUUUGAAUGUUUUCCCAGUGCCUGCGUGGGUUUUCUCCGGGUGCUCCAGUUUCCUCCCACAUCCCCAAAACAUGCAAUGGUAGGUUAGUUGAAAACUCUAAAUUGUCCAUAGGUGUGAAUGUGAGUGCAAAUGGUUCUUUGUUUAUGUGUGAUUGGCUGGUGACCAGACCAGGGCGUACCCCGCCUCUCGCCCGAAGAUACCUGGGAUAGGCUCCAGCACGCCCGGGACCCUAGUGAGGAUAAGCGGUAUAGAAAAUGGAUGGCUCGAUGGCCUUUGACCCUUCAGAAUAGUAGAGACUACAGGUUGCUGGAGGGAUAUUGACUUUGCAUAUAGGUGUCACUGUCUCUGUAUUCAUUAAGUAAUCUGUAUUUCAUUUUAUUUGAGAUUAGUUUGUUGCAAGUUUUUCCAGUGGCUUUACGCACAUGUAUCAUUGAAAUAUGAAAACAAGUUGUCAAGUUACAAGAAAAAGUUGCAAUGUUACAAAAAUUAAGACGCAAUUUUAUGAGGAGAAAAGUUGUAUUGCUAUGAGAAUAAAGUAAAGAUGUUAUCAGAUAAUAAUUAAUUCAGUCUAAUGAAGUCAAAAUGUUACUUGAUAAAAGUGUGAAUAUUACAAGAAUAAAGUUAUGAAAAUAAAGUAAUACAGUUCGAGAAUAAAGUAAUUAAGUUAUGAGAAUAAAGUCAGAUGGUUUCGAGAAUGAAGUUGUACUGUUACGAGAAGAACGUUGUGGAGUUGGAAGACUCAAGUCGCAAAGUUACGAGAAUAAAGUCGCGGGUUACAGGAAAAAAGUUGUAAUGCCACAUGAAAGAGUCGUAAUGUUCAAAGAAUGAAGUCAUGAAGUUGCGAGACUAAAGUUGCAAAGUUAGGAAAAUAAAGUCGUAGGGUUACGUGAAACAUUUUGCAAUGUUACAAAAACAGUCGUCAAGUUGCGAGAAUAAAAUCAUAAUGUCAAAAUACCCAAAUGUAAUAUGCAAGAGUCUCAAUACAUUCAUCAGGUGAUAUAAAAUUAUGAAAUACUGUUCUUCCGAUUGCCGCUCAAAGUCAGCAAUAGUCGUGAGACAAAAUCCGACUUUAUUCCUGUAAUAUUACGGCUUUCUCGGAAUACUAUUCAACAGUAACUUCAUGAGCCACAACAGUCCUCAUCUUGGCGCAUUCGUUUAUUCUCACACUAUUACAAUUUUUGUUAUAAAAUGUCAACUUUACUCUCAUAAAGUUACAACUUCAUGUAUCAUUCUCUCUUCUUUCUUUCACAACUUUGCCAUAAUGUUUCAACUUUAUCUUGCAGCGUUAUUCUUCGUUUUGUCUCUUUUCAGCGUGGCCCUAAUACGCCUUUGUGUAACUCUACUACUUAAAACAUAUUUUAACAGGGCUCUAAAUGAGUGAUGGACCGUACUGACGCUGAUAAAGUGUGCUUGGCUGUCACACUGUUUCCUCCCACUGUGAGUGGCCUGGGACUUUGAGAUUACACGUUUUACUGCCUUGAGCAUCUGCGCCAUGUGAUAAGCGCAGACAAAAAGUCAUCUAGACUUAUGUACUCUGUUGUAGUUUUAUAACCAAUUACGAAUGAUAAUUAUUUUUCACCAAAAAUACAGCAUUAAUAAGUUCAGCUCAGUUCAGAAAAUAAGGUUUGGAAUGAAGAACACUCAGAAAGAUAAGGAAUUCUAUUUUUCCACUAAGGACAAAGAAGGGCACAAAGUCCUCUAACAAGGGCAAUGACCCACUCUCUGGUCAUCUAUGUUUCUAAAUUUUACAUACCCGGCCGGUGCAACAGUCAUGGUAAAUUCCUCAUUAUUGUGUUAAUAUAGAAUAGACAAAUAAAGUCAUAAUGUAACAGGAAUAAAGUCGCAAGGUACUUGAAAAAAGUCACAAUGUUUCGAGAAUAGAAUCGCAUGUUUGCUUACGCUCAUAAUUACAAAACAAAAUACGAAUAAAGUCACAACUUCCAAAAAAAGCAUAAUGUUCCGAGAAUAGUCAUAGAGUUCUGAAAAAGAAAUCGCAAGGUUGCGGGAAUAAAUGUCAGAAUAUAAUUAGAAACAAGUCAUAAUGCUAGCAAAAUUAAGCUGUAAAGAGAAAUAUUUUGUAAUGUUCCAUGAAUAGUCGUUAUGUUGCACACAUAAAGUUGCAAUGUUAUGAAAGGAAAGCAUCGCUUUGAGAAUAAAUUUGCAAAGUUGGGAGAAAAUUUGCAAUGUUGCGAGAACAAAGUUGUACUGUUUUGUGAAAAAAGUUGUAAUGUUCUGAGAAUAAAUUGUAACUUUACCAGAAUAAAGUCGAACAUUCAAAAAAGUAAUCCUGUUGUUUAAAUGUUUUUUUGGUGAAUUAAAGUUG